UUAGAAAGCGAUUUGGUCGUGGUCGAGACGAGCCGACGUUGAUCCGAAGACGGGCCGAAGCGGAAAAACGCGACCGAGGUUGAAAGAUUAACGAUAAUUACGACUUCCUGCAUCCCCAGGUGUAUCAGCACAAGCGAUAGUGUUGGAAAAUAAGCUGCUCCUGUGCAUUUUCUUCGAGGACAUGACCAGGAAGAGGAGUGUCAGGAGUGUUUCUACCCUUAUUCUUAGCCAAUGAGAACAUCAUUUCAGACUUAUUAUCUUUCUCAUCCUAAGAGUGUGCAAACUCUUUUGCAAAGCAAAGAAAUCUCAGGGUAAUCCCACACACUUAAGGCCUCAAGACCAGAGGAUAUUAAAAUCCCAACCUACAAUCCUUUGAUGUGUUCUUAGUAAAAAUUUGGCUCAGCAGUUUUUUCCUCUACUGGAAUACAGAUUUGUUUGGACAUCAGCCAAAGAACCAAGACGCAGAUUCAACGAAAGGGUUAUUUAUAUUUAUUGAGCCAUGGCGCGAGUGUCCAACAGGACUUCAUCUUAACCUAUAUUUGCGUCCAUCAUUAUGGAUCAGGAUGAGACAAGCACAGAGAUUUGGGAGCCACCUCUGCAUGGACUCCAUGGACCAAACCGCAUGCGUCCUUCAUCGUAUCGGGCUCUGCGGAGCGCCGUGUCCAGCCUGGCGCGAAUCGACGAUUUCUUCUGUGAGAAGAUUGGCUCUGGUUUUUUCUCUGAAGUUUUUAAGGUCCAGCACAGGAUCACAGGGCAGGUGAUGGCUCUGAAGAUGAACACGCUUGCAAGCAACAAAGCCAACAUGCUGAGAGAAGUGCAGCUAAUGAAUCGCCUCUGUCAUCCUAACAUCCUCAGGUUUUUGGGUGUCUGUGUCCAUGAGGGACAGCUUCAUGCCCUAACUGAGUACAUCAAUGGGGGUAAUCUGGAGCAACUACUGGACAGUGAUAUUUACUUAUCCUGGGCUGUGCGGAUAGGACUAUCUCUAGACAUUGCACGAGGACUACAGUAUCUUCACAGCAAAGGGAUUUUCCACCGAGAUCUCACCUCCAAGAACUGUUUAGUGCGCUGUGAGAACGGUGUUUUCACAGCUGUGGUUGGAGAUUUUGGUCUGGCGGAGAAAAUCCCAGAUUACAGUGACGGAGAGGAGAAGCAGCCUCUGGCUGUGGUCGGCUCUCCCUACUGGAUGGCUCCCGAGGUGCUGAGAGGAGAGCUUUAUGAUGAGAAGGUGGAUGUGUUUGCGUAUGGCAUCAUUCUGUGCGAGAUUAUUGCUCGGAUCGAAGCUGACCCAGACGUUUUGCCACGAACAGAGGACUUCGGACUGGAUGUGGAAACCUUUGAGCAAAUGGUUGGAGACUGUCCACCUGCUUUCCUUAGUCUGGCUGUAAACUGCUGCAACAUGUGUGCAGAGAGUCGUCCUUCUUUCUCUGACAUUGUUGUGACCUUGGAGAGGAUGGAGAGGGACAAGGCUGAGACACCAGUUAUUUUAGAACCUAUUGCUGCUGAUGAGAGCCCAUACAGAAGGCGUGGUUCAGUCCAGUUGGGCACCCAGCGCCUGGCACGGAGUCAGUCAGCCUUGUUGCCCCCAGCCUCAAGUCCAUGUGUGGGUACACCGGUGCGCCUCAACCCCUUCUCAUUACGCCAUGACUUAAAUGGUGGCCGCAUCAAACUUUUUGACACACCUAGCAAGUCACUUAUCUCCCUGACCUUCACUUUGCCCCCACUUCCUGAGCCUUCUAACUCUCCACCAGUGUGUGGAGCAUUAAAGCUUCAAAGGCCACCUCGCCGGUGUCGGUCCUUACCCUGUACUCCUGAGCUGGGUCGACCUUUUAGCUUAUUUCAUGAGCCUGAACCUGAAAGUGUAGAGGAUACAGACGGAGAAAUACAAGAGACAGGAACAGAGAUGACCAGCUCAGAUGAACCUGGGCAGGACCCUGGCUUGGUACUGGAUCUGGAGAUGGUGUCUUUGGAGCGGGUGGAUGAAGAAGAUGAAGAGACGGAGGAAGAAAAAGAAGGAGAGGUGGAGGGACUCUGUCACACUGAACCUAUGGACUGCAAUAGCUCGCCUGAUGCAACAGAGGGCGCCCUGAGAUCAACAGCAAAGCUUCUUCUUCAUGGUUCUUAUUCAUCCUCUUCUACCUUCAGCCCUAAGCUUAAUGGCUGGACAGUACCUAUUUCGAAUGGGCCUCCAUCCCUUCCGCCCUUGCCCUGCCUGGACAAUAACAACAGCAUGUUGGGAGUUGGACGGGUGCCCUGGGUGCGGCUCAGCGGCUACCAUGGUCAUCGUGCUCCCAGCCGCCUGGCACCUCCUCCUGAACAGGAUGACAUCAUUUCCUGUCCAGGCUGUUGCCUGGUGGGAUUUAGCUUUCCAUCUGUGUGCCUACGCGGAGCCCCGCCUCCUCGCCGAACCCCACCCCUCCGCCCAUAUAGGAAUCUUAAUGGGAGAGAGGCAGGAGCUGGCAGGUCAAAUAAUGGACUAAUGUGUCGAGGUGCAAAGGGUUUGGCUCCACUCACAAUGACAUGUGAACCGGGAUUGCCACUUCCAGAGGCACAGACAUAGGUAGUUAGUGUGCCCUCUAGGGUAUUAACGCAACACAGUGCACAUGUGCUAACCUUAGUGCUGUGGCUGUACCAAUAACCAACAGGUUAGACUAUUAGUGCUAAUGUGCAGUGAACAUGUAAGAGGUGGUGUAGGAGUGUGAUAGUGAGAGUGUGUGUGUGUAUGUGUGUGUGUGUGUGUGUGUGUGUGUGUGUGUGUGAGAGAGAGAGAGAGAGAGAGAGAGAGAGAGAGAGAGAGAGAGAGAAAGGUAAAAUGUUAUAGAAAAACAGAUAUCCAGUAUGAAAAGUCUGACUGUGGUACUUUAGGAUACCAAACAAAACAAAUUCUUUUUGUGAUGAAUAAGUCACUGUGGUAAAAUUGCCCUGAAACAGUGUGUUUGUGUGUGAAAGACAGAGGGCGACAAAGAUCGUCAGAGAAUAAAUGUGAUAAAUUUC